AUGAAUAUAGCAGCAGAGUUGCAUAAAGACAAGCUCAAUUCUGCUGGACUGCAUUUACUGAAUUGUCUAUGUAUGACCCAUCGACUCCUCAAAUGCUUGAGAAAACAGACUCAAGUUCCAACUGGUUUGCUCCAGUCUGCAGCACAAGAACUUGGGCUUUGCAACAAUUUGUUUCUGACUGCUCUUUGGCAGGCAUCUAAUCGGAAUGAUGAAAUGAUAGUAUUUCAUGCAGUCGUUGCUUUACUUGAUGUAUUCAAAACUUGUCAUCGGUUGGAAUGUCGCAGUAUUAUACUAGAGCCUUUGUGGCUAGAUCGUUGCUUAUCAAAGGCAGAAACAAUCUUGACCACUACUGCAAGUAUUGCUUUACAGAGAAAAACUUUGCAUUUAUUGAACUACAUUGCUAUAAAAUCGAUGGAUUUUGAUUCUGUGCUGUCUGGAUAUAGUGAUAGGAUUUCUACCAUCAUUGCAUCAUUCGUACUCAAAACUUAUUCAUCCAAAAAAGACGUAUCUAAAUGGUGGGAUUCCAUACAUCAUCCUUCAUUCACCGAGUUUUACUUUCCAAAAAAUCAAUCCCUCGAUCGACAAUCUCUCAAGCUUAUUAUUCGAAUAUGUAUAUCGGUAGUCUCGAGUCCAAUGAUGCUUUCUUCAAAAGAGCUGAGCAACACAUUUCUCGAAAAAAUGAAUGAUUUACUUGUGCAUAUAUACGGAUCUGACUAUGAAUGUGUUUCUGACCAACUGUUUAAGCUUUUUAGCGACCACGACUCUGAUCUUGUCUGGCUUUUGGAACGGGUGCUUGCAAUGCAAGUAUCGGAUGAUUAUGCCAAGUUUAGAAACCACCUGAAAGGAUCAUUAAACAGCAUCAAAGGCGUGCAAUCAGUGUUGGACACAUGUGCUCCAUCAGCCAUGUUUUUAAAACUGAUGGAAAUGUGGGGGUUUGAUCACCAAUGCCUCUUGGAUCUGGUCAUUUCAGAUGAUACAUGCUUUUAUAAUUAUCUUUCAGAGUAUCUGCAUUUUAUUGCACACAAUCCAUGGAACUUGGCUUUAGAAUGCAAGGCAAUAACUGCCAAAAUUUUCAUCAAGGAUCUUGAAGAUGGUCAUGCUGAUGAUGACAGCAAUGAACCAACAGACUACUAUUCUUCCACAAUAUCUACACUUGAUGACCUGCUCGAAUCGAUAAACGCAUUGAUUUCCAAAAAACUAAUCUCAAGUAAUGUAUCCAGUCUAAUACAGGCUUUGUGCCAGUUUAGAGUAUCUCAAAAUCAAAUAAACGAGCUUGUUGAUGAGUGA